CUUAUAAGGGCGGACGCUUCUCGUUCUUUCUUGUGCAGUCUCUUGCCCUCUCUUGUUUCUUUCGGUUUGUGUUCCAUUUCCAUUCCCACGUAGGCUCUGUAGGGGUUUGCGGACCGGCGAGGUCGCACGAUGGAAGGCAAGAACGCGAAGGCCCUCCUCUUCUCCCCCUCCCUCACCCUUUCCUCCGUCGUCCUCGGGUCCUCUGAGGAGAGGCGGGGGACGGCCUCCAAAAUCUUUCCAUUGACGAGCUCCAUCGCCGCCGGCUGGCAUCCAUUCUGCUCCUCCCAUGAUGAUGUCGGCCACUCACACAUCCUUCUUUCGCCUGCAGCUGGUUCGAACCAUCUUACCUGCGUCCCGGAACGCUGUCCGAAGCUGACGACAACGAAGAUCGAACCCCUUGAAAGCGAGGCCCCGGAUUCGAUCUUGGUGGACGGAGGAUCUCCCGGUUUCCACCGCCUCCCGAUGCUCAGAUCUCUGGAGCCGUUACCUCUGGCGAUCAAGAUGCCGUCGGUUCCGCUGGGUAUCCCCUCCGGCGAUCUGAUCUCCGUCAUCGAGCCAUCCCAUAAGCGCUUCCGAGGUUCGUCAGCUUCUUUCUCUUGGUCUCCCCCGCCGUGUGCUCCUCCUCCUACUGCUCCUACGACUCCGCGUCAUCGGCGACCGCUGCCAUCGAGCGAGCUGUCGCGUCAGCGGCGGAAGAAGAUCAGCGACCGUACGCGGAUCAUUGAGUCGCUGAUGCCGUGGGAACGGCGAAUGGACACGGGGUCAAUGCUGGAGGAGGCGUCCAAGUACAUCCGUUUCCUGCAAACCCAGGUGGCAGCCCUCCGUUCGAUGCCGACCGCAGCUGAGUUCUCGGCCGCGCCAGUGUCCUCUGGCCGCGGCGGGGGACUGGGCGGGCUGGAGCGUCUCAACCGCCAGCAGAUGCUGCAGGUGGUGGUGAACUCGCGUCGGGUCCAGGAGAAGCUCUACGAAAGAGGGCUUUGUGUCUUCUCGGUGGAGCAGGUGGCAUCGCUCCAGAAGGAGGUGGAGCGCCGCCCUCCAUUCGUCUCCGCCGUCAACGCCUCCGCCGUCAACGCCUCCGACUGAGUCAUCCCACGCAAAGAGCUCCAUUCCCUUUGGAAGCAGCGAUCGAAGCAGGUCUGUCAAUAUUUCCAGUUUUUGCAUACAAAUAGUCGUCAUUUAGCUUUUACUUCCUUACGGUUGUAUGUCUGAAGGGAGAAAGAAAAUGGAAUUAGAUAGGGUUAUAGGGAGGUUGAGUGGGUUAAGUUUUGGGUUUCUUGGGGGGUUUGCUCACUCACUUCUUAAGUUGGGAAUUACUGUUUCUCCAAUAGAAUUAAUUGGAGGCGGGUUUAAUGAGAUCGAUAAAUGGUGUAAUUGAUUACGGUUUAAAAUGUUCCAAGUUUAGCUUCGUGUAACAGCCCGUUUUCUCGGAUUUUGUCUUUUAUGGUUUAGUUGAACCGAGUUUUAAGCCGUGGAUGGAAGGAAGGGAAUAUAUAGCAUUGAAAUAGGUUUUUCGCGAAUCCGUUUUGCUUUUUUGGUUUCCAGUACUUUAACCGAGCCAGACAAAUACAUAUACCCUCCUGUCCGAUAGCAGCCUCGUCACUGUUGCCUGUGGCAGCCUGCAAAAAAUAGGCUGGCACUGUGGGCAGUUGACGCUACAGUAAAUAGCAGUUUCCCUUAAUUACGUUAUAAUAUAGAAGAUAAUAGGUUUUCUUGCUUAAAUUCGUCCCUAAUUUUGAUUCGCCUUGCGAUACAUUGUUGGUCACGAGACAUGGGCAAGCCAUUACACUAUCACAAUGGUCCUCCCGUAACUCCCUUAUGGUAUAGGAAGCUUCUAGAAUUACAAAAUGCAGCAUUGUUUGGCGACUUGCUCACAUAUCAAA